AAGUUGGUGGCCCAAAGAGGAGAAACUGCAAGGCUAUGGCAUGAUGGAUACAAUUCAGCCUCCCAGAGAGUUUGCACCUCCCGCUGGGAAGCCCCUUGGAGGAAACCUCGGAAAUCGUGAGCGCUCUGCACGGAUAGUUUUGUAAUCAACCACGCAUGAUGAAACCUUCCAUAGCUGAGAUGCUUCACAGAGGGAGGAUGUUGUGGAUAAUUCUUCUAAGCACAAUUGCUCUAGGAUGGACUACCCCAAUUCCCCUGAUAGAGGACUCAGAGGAAAUAGAUGAGCCCUGUUUUGAUCCCUGCUACUGUGAAGUUAAAGAAAGCCUCUUUCAUAUACAUUGUGACAGUAAAGGAUUUACAAAUAUUAGUCAGAUUACCGAGUUCUGGUCAAGACCUUUUAAACUGUAUCUGCAGCGGAAUUCGAUGAGGAAAUUGUACACCAACAGUUUUCUUCAUUUUAAUAAUGCUGUGUCCAUUAACCUUGGGAACAAUGCACUGCAGGACAUUCAAACAGGAGCUUUCAAUGGUCUCAAGAUUUUAAAGAGACUAUAUCUACACGAGAACAAACUAGAUGUCUUCAGAAACGACACCUUCCUUGGCUUGGAAAGUCUGGAAUAUCUGCAGGCAGAUUACAAUGUCAUUAAACGUAUUGAGAGUGGGGCAUUUAGGAACCUAAGCAAAUUGAGGGUUCUGAUUUUAAAUGAUAAUCUCAUCCCCACGCUUCCAACCAAUUUAUUUAAGGCUGUCUCUCUAACCCAUUUGGACCUACGUGGAAACAGGUUAAAGGUUCUUUUUUAUAGAGGAAUGUUAGACCACAUUGGCAGAAGCCUGAUGGAGCUCCAGCUGGAAGAAAAUCCCUGGAACUGCACCUGUGAGAUUGUACAACUGAAGAGUUGGCUGGAACGCAUCCCUUACACUGCCCUGGUCGGGGACAUCACCUGCGAGACCCCUUUCCAUUUCCAUGGAAAGGACCUGCGGGAAAUCAGGAAGACAGAACUCUGUCCCUUGUUGUCUGACUCUGAGGUGGAGGCUAGUUUGGGUAUUCCCCACUUAUCAUCAGGCAAGGAGAAUGCGUGGCCAACUAAACCUUCCUCGAUGUUGUCCUCUGUCCAUUUUACUGCUUCUUCCGUUGAGUACAAGUCCUCAAAUAAACAGCCUAAGCCCACCAAACAGCCCCGAACGCCAAGGCCACCCUCUACAUCCCAAGCUUUAUACCCUGGUCCAAACCAACCUCCCAUUGCUCCUUAUCAGACCAGACCUCCCAUUCCCAUUAUAUGCCCUACAGGGUGCACCUGUAAUUUGCACAUCAAUGACCUUGGCUUGACUGUCAACUGCAAAGAGCGGGGAUUUAAUAACAUUUCUGAACUUCUUCCAAGACCAUUGAAUGCCAAGAAACUGUACCUGAGUAGCAACCUGAUUCAGAAAAUAUACCGUUCUGAUUUUUGGAAUUUCUCUUCCUUGGAUCUCUUGCAUCUGGGGAACAAUCGUAUCUCUUACGUCCAGGAUGGGGCCUUCAUCAACCUGCCCAACCUAAAGAGCCUCUUUCUCAAUGGCAACGACAUCGAGAAGCUGACACCAGGCAUGUUCCGAGGCCUACAGAGUUUGCACUAUUUGUACUUUGAGUUCAAUGUCAUCCGGGAAAUCCAGCCUGCAGCCUUCAGCCUCAUGCCCAAUUUGAAGCUGCUGUUCCUCAACAACAACUUGCUGAGAACCCUGCCAACGGACGCCUUCGCAGGCACAUCCCUGGCCCGUCUCAACUUGCGGAAGAACUACUUCCUCUACCUUCCUGUGGCUGGCGUCCUGGAGCACCUGAAUGCCAUUGUCCAGAUAGACCUAAAUGAGAAUCCGUGGGACUGCACUUGCGACCUGGUCCCCUUCAAACAGUGGAUCGAAACCAUCAGCUCAGUCAGCGUGGUGGGCGAUGUACUUUGUGGAAGCCCUGAGAACCUCACCCACCGCGAUGUGCGCACCAUUGAGCUGGAAGUUCUCUGCCCAGAGAUGCUGCAUGUGGCACCAGCUGGAGUGUCUCCCGCCCACCCUGGAGAUGCUCACCUUGAUGGGGGGCCAACGAGUGCAUCACCUUAUGAGUUCUCUCCCCCCGGGGGCCCCGUGCCCCUGUCUGUGCUGAUUCUCAGCUUGCUGGUUCUGUUCUUUUCAGCAGUCUUCGUUGCUGCAGGCCUCUUUGCUUAUGUGCUCCGUCGGCGCCGUAAGAAGCUGCCCUUUAGAAGCAAACGGCAGGAAGGUGUGGACCUCACUGGCAUCCAGAUGCAAUGCCACCGGCUUUUUGAGGAUGGUGGAGGUGGUGGGGGCGGAAGUGGAGGUGGGGGUCGACCACCUCUCUCCUCCCCAGAGAAGGCCCCUCCUGUGGGGCAUGUUUACGAGUACAUCCCCCACCCGGUCACCCAGAUGUGCAACAACCCCAUCUACAAGCCACGUGAGGAGGAGGAGGUGGCUGUCUCAUCGGUCCAGGAGGCAGGGGCUGCAGAACGCGGGGGUGCCGGGACGCAGCCAUCAGGAAUGGGUGAGGUUCUUCUAGGAAGUGAGCAGUUUGCUGAGACACCCAAGGAGAACCACAGCAACUACCGGACCUUGCUGGAAAAAGAGAAGGAGUGGGCCUUGGCAGUGUCCAGCUCCCAGCUCAACACCAUAGUGACGGUGAGCCACCAUCACCCUCACCCCGCAGUUGGUGGGGUUUCAGGGGUGGGUGGGGGAGCCGGGGGUGACUUGGCUGGGUUCCGCCACCAUGAGAAGAAUGGUGGGGUGGUGCUGUUUCCUCCCGGGGGCGGCUGUGCUGGUGGCAAUAUGCUACUAGACCGAGAGAGACCACAGCCAGCCCCCUGCACAGUGGGAUUUGUGGACUGUCUCUACGGCACAGUGCCCAAAUUAAAGGAAUUGCACGUCCACCCUCCUGGCAUGCAAUACCCAGACUUACAGCAGGACGCCAGGCUCAAAGAAACCCUUCUCUUCUCGGCUGGAAAGGGCUUCACAGACCACCAAACCCAAAAAAGUGAUUACCUCGAGUUAAGGGCCAAACUUCAAACCAAGCCGGAUUACCUCGAAGUCCUGGAGAAAACAACAUAUAGGUUCUAACAGAAAAAGGAAAAUAAAUUAGUGCUUUUUAUCAAAAGAAAAGGAAAAUUAAAAAAAAAAAAAAUUAUAUCCUUUCCUCCCUUUACACUUGUCCCUAUAACUCCUUCUUCCUCUCAACCUUCCCUGCCCUGAACAGAACUGAAACCGCAUGAUAACUAGAGAAUACAGAUGUAUGCUCUCCCCCUCUCAGAUGCGAUUUGGAGGAAGGGCAAUACUCAGAUCAUUAAUCAAUGAAGUGCCUUCGCAGACUUUUGCCAGCAAAUGUUAUCAUUAUUUUUUUAUACUGAAACUUGAGACUUUGUGCCAUGUAUAAGGUAUAUUGGGGAUCAUUGUGUUGAUCCUAAUUAAGUAAAAUUCAAUGUGUUUUUAUUUUCAGUACCCCCCCACACACACCUUUUUUUUUUCUUUUUUUAGUUGUAGUUUUGUUUGAAAGGGAGGGGGGAAACAAAUUAACAUUUGUGGCUUUCUUUCUUCUUCCUAUCAUGGCACAGAUUCUGUACAUGUAUUAAUGCAGUUUGCUGCAUGCCUGGAAACUGCAAGACGGGGAGGGAGGGGGCGGGUCUUGCUCGAAUGUUCUCACUCAUUCUCAUGUCUCUUACACAUGUACCCACAUGCACACGGCAAAUCCCUGCACACAAUUAGGUCCCAAAACCUGCAGCCUCCUCCUUCCGGUGCAGGUACAAGACACGCACACACACAAACACACACACACCACUCCCAUCCAAUCCAAUCUGAUUAGUUCGGGUCUGAUCCAGUCCUCUCCUCUCCACAGCUCUGCCUGCCCUUCAUCCCUAGUGUACAACUCAAGGCAUCUCUCCUUACCACCCUGGGGCAAGUCACAUUUUAGGCUGGAUCCUACUGAAGUGGAGGCCAGGUGAUUUAACAGCCAGAGGCACACCUAGGGAUGAGCACCCUCUUUGUGACACUUCAUCCUGAUGCCAAGAUUUUUUGGAGAACAUCUGCACUUUCUUAUAUAUAUAUAUAUAUAUAUAUAUAUAUAAAAUAUUAAAAAAAUAAAAAAGCGACUGGGUAUAUAUAUCACUAACAGCUUUGUAGGAAGCACUUUUAAUGUUUUCUCUCUCACACAAAGAUUCAAAAGAAAUGUGCAUAUAUUUAUUCUGUAAUUUCAGUGAUUAUAAAUUGUAAAGGUCAUGUUUAAUCAUUGUAUAGUGAUUAUGCGUCUGGUAUAGCUUUCCUAAUAAAAAGUUUUUGAAAAACAUAAUACAUUAUAUAUAGAAGAUACAAAGCUUGAACCUUAAAUUAUAGCUAUGCCAUGCCUUUCUUGCUCCCAUCUUUAAAAAUUCUUUUUGUUUGUUACACAGAAAGUUGGUUUAUUAACAAGUUUGAUGCACUGUGAUGUUGACAAAUCUUAUAACUUCCCACUCCCAUCCCUACCAGGAUACUACUGGGACUUUAAACAGAAAAAAAAAAAAAAAAAUCUGAUCUAUAGUUCACUUGUUUCUCUCGGACUGUGAAUUUCAAACUUAGUACCACAAUGAGGCAUCAUUUCCAAAACGGGAGGCAAUUUGGAGAAAAUAAAGUAACUGGAUUGCUAAGAAGUACAGAAUUCAUUAGAAGCAGGUAACCAAGGAUCCAUGCAUUUUAAGAUUGUAAAUGACCUCAAGGAAAAGGAAAUUGAAAUUGCUAUUCUUUUAGGAAUUUAAAAUUACAAAUACACACACUCACACCACCCAAUCAAAAUCAAAACCAAAGGCCCUUGGGCCAAUUUGACUAGCAGAAUCCUAUUUGUGAAAGUUGUCACUUAUAUUUGCCUACUUUUUCUUGCAACUGACGCUUUCAUGCUCAAACUAAGAGGACACUAAAUCAGUUUUUCUUCCUGCAAGACAUUAAAAUGAUGCUGAAAAAUUAACUUGACAAUAAUUCAAGUUCAAAUCUAUUUACAUGUGAGUGAAACCAAAGAAAAGCAAAUUUUUAAGGUGCCGAUGUCUUGUUCGUAAAGGAAACGAAACUGAUAAAGAAACCUGAAAGCUUUGAGGCAGGCACUUAUCCGAUUAGGCCAGUAGAGGGCAGCAGAGUUCCAACAAUCCACAGAACCUGAAGCUGCCAAAUUGUGCAGAGGCCAGGGGUUCUCUGCUAGCGUUUCCUCAAGCUGCCCUUAGUAGAAAUUAUCAUUACGUGUUGAAUGUAAUUCACCACAAAUCACUAAUGCCUUACAUCACAUUUUUUUUCCACAAAAAAGAAUGAGACUAGUAACUUCUUAAAACCGUGCGACUGAUACACCACUAAGGCACUGUGCUAAAAAAAAUGUCCCAUGAAUGUCUAGAUGAACAAACAUAUAGUUCUUGGUUAAUUAUAUAUGGGUAUCAACAGAGGUAUACAUACAAAUGGAAAACAUAAGCGUAUCAAUACAAAAGUGCUACUUUUCAGGGCUACCUUGCAUUUGACAUAUUGUAGCUACAAUUUUUGUCUCAAUUAUUUGAAGCACCUUUUGGAAUUCAGAUGAGAAAAAAAUCAUGGAAAGAGUCACUAUUUCUCUACAACACUGAAAUGCAGCCUUUUUUUAUGCAAGAGGGUCAGACUUACUAAUAAAUAGGUGUCAUUCUUUUAUUUUUCUUCCUCUUUUCUUUCUACCUUCCCUUAAAAUCCUCUUUUCCUGGUUAUCUCUCCUUCCUUAGUCUUCCUAAUCAUCUCACCCUCCUUCCCUUGAAAUCUUUUUUUUAAGGCACAAAAGCCAGUACUACUUCUGAAGUGUUUUAAAACCUUACCUAUGGAGUCCCUCUAAACUAGUGAUUUAUCAUGUCUGCAUUUGUCCUGAUCAAAUGUUUUGAUAAGUGGUAGAAAGCACGUGAACAGUAAAAAAUAAAAGUGCAAAGUUAGAUACCUCUGAUAAUAUCAUUAUUUCCUUAAGGAUACAGCAUGCAUUCAGAAAAUGUUAUAUUGUAUAAAUCAGGUUAAAGUACAAUCCCUAAUGAUCCUGGUGCUUUCGACAUUUGAAAAUGAGUGUCCAUAAACCAUAUCAAAUUAUAAUACAACUUGAUAAUUAUACUAUUUAUAUUUUUACUUAAAUACAGAAAGUAAAACUGUCUUAUCUUCAAUAUAGAUAGCAAUUGCACCCUUAAACAAGAAAUAAAUUUAUUUAGUGAAAAUAAAUUUAUUAUAUGAGAAUGGGAUUUGUAUUAAAGAAGAUAAUUAUUUUUUGCUUCAGUGGAGUUUUCUGACCCCUGGUUAGGCCACUUAUUUGUCUCUGUAUUAGAAUUACUUAAGUUGCCUUGAUUGAUAAUAUCAGAUGUGUUUUCUAAAACUACCAUGGGUAUUAAUAUAACUACUAUGGUUAGGAUUUGUUUUACGUUUUUGCUGUAGUAAAAUGAUGUUUAUUUUUAAGAAGAUAGAUCACUAAUUCACUUCAGACUGAUGGUUAAUUUGACUGGAACAGACCUAGAUCUGACAGAUAUUUGCUAGUAUUAUUAAUUGUCACCUUUAUUACUAAUGUUAGUAAUCAUUAAUAUUUGGAAAUCAGAAAACAUUUUGUAUGUCCCUUAAACCAUGAUAUGGUUAGUAGGAAAUAACUGAAAGUGAAAUAGAUUAAUUCAGAACUAGUUUUAACAAGUUACAUAUCAUAUACAGUAUUAUUUAUGUGGAUGUUUUUAUCUAGAAAGCUAUAUUAUUUCAUCUAAUUGCAAACUAUUUUUAAAAAUACAAUGGUUUUACAUUAUUUUUAAUAAAAACGUAGAGAGAGAGAGAUCACAAGGAAAGUUUUAAUGAUUGAGUUUGAAAAGUUGUUUUUUUCCCCAGAGAAUGUAAGUUUUAGACCCUUAAGAUUUGAAAAAAUAUCUGCCUUUAGAAAUAUGAAAAUUGAUAAUAUAAUUACAAAACAAAAGGACUUUUCCUUAAUCAUUGCAACACAUUCUGAUUCAUUUAGUGUAAAUUCAUCAUUCAGACACUCCUGGCCUUUUAAAACUGUGCUGUCUAAGCCAAUAAAUGUUGAAUUUUUGUGAAAAGGCUAUGACAAAGGAAACAUUAAUGAAAUACUUCACAAAAUGUGAGACAUAAGGGUAUCAGGAGUCAAGACAAUAUGAGAGAAAAUGGUAACAAAAGGGCACUCUGUCUUACGUGAUUCGAAGUAGAUUAAUUUAAACUUAGACAUUUAUAACUUAGAUCAAAAUACUCAACUGUGAAAAUUCAGGCGAACAGAACAUAAAUAAAUAUAAUUAAAAUCAUUAGAAAAUUGUUCUGUUUAAUAUAUUAUAAGCCUUUUAAAAGUAAUAGGAGCAAUAACACAUGUGUAAUUGGGCAAUCAUGUGUAUGUAUAUAUAUAUCACUAUUAUAUAUGUAUAUACACUAUAUACAUGUAUAUAGUUUAUAUAUGCUGAAUUCUACUUAUAUGUAAAUUAUGCAUUUUUUUCUCAUGUGUAUAAUGAUUUCAGUUAUAUGCAUUUACUUUUUUUGAUUCUGUUUAGCUACUGUCCAAGUGAAGCUGGAUGAGAUUAUGAGUCUUCACUUUGGGAAUAUUCACAUGUAAAAAGUAACACUGUAAUUAAUAUUUCUAAAUUUAAAAGUUCUUUUAUCUUCUUUUGUUUCAUUUUGUUAUUUAAAUCAUAGGGGACAAAUCUCAGUCAAAUUGUGAAUUAUUUUAAGCUAAGGCCUCAUGGUAAAGGAACUGAUUUCUUAUAAAUAUGCAACAUAAGUCAAAUAAAGAACAAGUGCUCCUUUUUUUUCAUUUUUCUAUUUCUAGAAUAAAUUUUAAAUGUGAAAACAAUUUCAAAAGUUUUAUUAAUUAGGCAAGACUUUUGUAAUAAAUAUAGGUAUGUAGAAAAAAUGAAAUUUAAGAGAAGUAAGGCACCUGUUUUAAACAUUCAUCAUCCUAUUUUACUUCUUUUAAUACCAUCAUUUAUUUAAAAUGAAUAAUGACAGUAGUAAUAAUAAUAAACAAAGAUGGCCAUUUUUAGUUUUUUUAUAUGAAAUUUGAAUUGAAGGGACAGAUUCUUCUACUCAGGAAAGCAUUUGUACAUUAGGAGUUGCCAGUUGCAUAGAGGCAACGCUUUGGCUAACUUUACUUCUGAUAACAUUUGCUCAUGAAAAAAAUAGGCAUAUUUUUGAUAAAAUAGAUCAUUUCCUCCAUAAUGCACUAAUAUAGAUGAUUUUUCACAUGAUUUAAAAAUUCUUAUAGAAAAUAAAUAUUUGUGGUGGGCUUCAAAGAUAUAUAGCCAUGGAGACAUUAUAAUAAAGGUAUGGCUUUACCUAACUCCAAUAUCUUUAACCCAAUAUCUUUAAACAUUAAAUCAUGGAUGGACAUUAGUAAACAGAAGCCUUUCUUUAUUAGCAUUUAGUGACAAAAAAUCAGAACAUGCCUAUUAAAUGUUUCUCUACUAUACUCAGUCCAUCCACUUGUUUAUGAGUAGUAUAGUGAACUUAUAGAUUUUGCAGUGUAUUAAAUUUUUAUCAAAACCAAACAAGUUUCAUCAAAAUUAUCAAAUAAAAACAAACCUGAAUGUUUUAUUUUAAUUCAAUUGUAUUUAUUAGCAGGUUGUUUUCUUAAAGAUCAAAGGUAACACAUUGCCAGUAGUAAAUUACAUGUGAAUACUGGGCUUUUGCUCUUUUGACACAUUGUACUAGGAACUCAUAGGUUUAGAAUUUAUUUGGAUGAUGGAACACUAUAUAAUGAGUUUUUGUAGCAUUAAAACAAGAGCAUAACUUCCCUAAUGUUGGCAGUGUUAGCUUUGAAAAAAGGUUGCUGAAAUAAAGAUGCCAUAUGAUUGUGUGGCAGGUUGGAAAGAAGUUCUCUUCUCCUUCCUGACCUUAUUCGUUUCAUAAUU